AUGGACAAUGCUUCCUACCACAGUGUUUAUGUGGAAACCAUCCCUAAUACCGCCACCAAAAAAGAUGAUAUUAGGCGUUGGCUAACAUCUAAAAAUAUCACCUGGAACUCGGACAUGCUAAAAGUUGAACUUUUAAAUCUAGUAUCUAAUGUCCGUAGCAUUUAUGAAGAAUACCGAGUAGAUAAGUUAGUGGCAUUUCAUGGACACACGGUUUUGAGACUGCCACCUUACCACUGUGAACUAAAGCCAAUUGAAAAUAUAUGGAGUGUAGUGAAAGGUAAGGUGGCAGCAGAAAAUAAGACAUUUAAAGAAAAAGAAGUAGAAGAGCUCACAAAAGAAGCCAUUAAAACUGUCUCUGCUGAAACCUGGAAGAACUGUGUUAGCCACAUUAUAAAGGAAGAAGAGCUAAUGUGGGAGCUUGAUGGAAUGAGUGACUCUACAGUUGAGAACUUUGUAAUUAAUUUUGAUCCCGAAUCAACUGACACUGCUUCAGAAGAUAUGCGCAGUGUUGAGGAAGUUAUGUCAUCAUAA